AUGCGUCUCUCUCUUGCCCUCGCUGCUCUCUUGCCCCUCGUGGCUCUCGCUAUCCCCACCUCCUACCCCCACAUCUCCGCAUACGAGAAGGACCUGCCCGUGGUUGGCAGCACUGACUACACCGACAUUGCCAAGGUCAAGUAUGACCGCCGCGAUGACGCAUACGUCGACAUCGCCAAAGUCAAGUACGACCGCCGGGACGAAGCAUACACCGACAUUGCCAAGGUCAAGUACGACCGUCGCGAUGAGCCUUACAUUGACAUUGCCAAAGUCAAGUAUGACCGCCGUGACGAGCCAUACAUCGACAUCGCCAAGGUCAAAUACGACCGUCGCGGCGAAGCAUAUAUCGACGUGGCCAAAGUCAAGUACGACUAA